GGGGCGAAAUCACUUGAUACGACCAUAGAUAUGAUAGGCCUACGAAGGAUCAAGCGUCAGCCGAUUCGGCAUGCAGCAGGACAGUAGGGGAUGAGUAGAACUAGAAGGCCGAGAAGUUGAGCUUUUUCUCGUAGUUCAUCAAGGUUCAAUUUAUAGGUUAAAUACCUUUGUGUUAUAAAAAUGUCAUCAAACAAACGGGUGAAGUUUAACACGGACAGCCAUCGUUCAGAGAGUUUAAAAUCACAUCCUGACUCCGAAAAAAGAAAAUCAUCAGAGAAUGCAGCCUCUGGUGAAUUUCCUGUUCAUUCACAUCCACCAUCAUCUCUGAUGCAAAGCGAUUCCUCCGAAGGUCCGUCAUCUUUAACUGAGCAUACUAGCAGUGUGUCAUCGGCUAGUGUAUCAAAUCAAUUACCAAGGCAACUGAGUCAGUGGGAGAGAAAAGAUAUCGAGGAUCUUAAUAUUAAGAUUGUCUUUGAGUCAGAAACCAGACCAUAUGAAUUACUGACAGACAAAUCUUGGAAUGGAAGGCGAAAGGGAGAGGGAUUUCCUGUGAACUUUAGUGUAUUUGAAGCUGAAGAAAAAGAAAAACGGAGAGUGGAGGAGGAACUCAGAAUACAGACUCUGGUAGAUUAUGUGAAAAGCAGUGGAUUCUUGAAAUUAAUUGAAGAAAUAAAUUAUUCUUCAUUUGAAGAAUUUGACAUCUCUACAGUAAUGAAGCUGAAAUAUUUCUUGAAACAAUCAUUCAUCCCUAGAUAUUUGCCUGGAGAAUUUCAUUCCUGGUUUGCAAGAUUUGAUAUAGAGGUAAAGAAUUUCAUUAAGAUUUUCCUCAGACUGAUUGAGAACAUCAUGGAAGGAGGAGCUAACCACAGAUGUCUGUAUCAACAUUUAUUUGAUGCUUUUGUGAAGAUAUUCGGAAUGCACAGUGGAAUAAGUUUUCAACCCAAUGUACAAGUGGAAUCAUUAGAAAUUAGAAAUACCGAAGUUAGAGGAGCUCCAGAUAUAAUAUAUUAUCAUCACAGAAUUAAUGAGGGGGAAGAGAGGAGGCCUGAACACUAUGUGGUUUUAGUGUGUGAGGUGAAAAAAGAUAAACCAUUGCCUAAAGAAAGUACGUCAUCUUCAUCGAGUAGUAAGACGGGAAACAGAUCUGAAUACACUGAAGUGUCCUCCUCCUCUUCUUCCUCCUCCUCCACCUCUUCCUCCUCCUCCUCCUCCACAGUGUACAGUACAAAGUGUCAUCAGGACCUCCCACAGAUUUCAGAUAACCUGAUAGGACAACACUGUGGCGAGCUCUUGUUGAAGUUUGAUCAAUCAAUCCAUUGUAAUUCAGUCUACGGGAUUGUUGUCCAGCAAACCUGUGUAACAGUUGCAGAACUUGGAAUGACACCUAAUCAAUAUCUGAAAUUGAAGGAGGGCAGAUUGAAGCAUUCUGAUGGUGAUAGGCCUUCCUUCACGUUUACAAAACCAUACAACUUUCUGAAAAAGGAAGAGCUGGAGAACUUGCUGGGACCAAUUAUAAAAUUUGGACUUGAACAAGAAGAUUAAGAAUAUAAUGGAAUUCCUUUUCUUAACUGUUUGGAGUGAAUCUCAGCUGUGUUUUGUCAAUGUAUAAGAUACAACCAAUGGUUCUUUAACAUUUUGCAAGGUUUAGAUGUCUAGAAUUCGAAGCACAAUUGAAUGCGAAAUUCUACCAGUCGGGGCAUAACUGCUGUAAGGUUAGAUUAAAAAUAACUCUUUGUCAGAAUGAGUUACCUCUCUUUGUUCUUAAUUGCUUCUGUCCUUCAUCGAUUACUCCUUUACUUCAUUAAUAAUUCGAACAAAUUAUGUUUAAGUUAACCAAUCAUUUAACGUUUUACUUCAAUUCCAGGAUAGAAUAGGUCGUCAUUACCCCUUGCUUGUCAUAAGAGGUGACCAAAUGGGGCGGUCCUUGGAUGAGACCACAUAAACCGAGGUCUCGUGUCACAGCAAGUGUGGCACGAUAAAGACACACCCACCCACCCCACCCACCCCUGCUCAAAGGCUGUAAUUUUGAAGCCUGCAAUCGUGACGGUCGACAGGGGAUGCUUACUCCUCCUGGGCACUUGAUCCCACCUCUGGUGUGUCUAGGGGUCGGUGUUUGCCCAACUAUCUAUUUUGUAUUGAUUAUAGGGUUAGGAGAUUGAUCACUGUUCGUUAUCUUCACCUUCCAUAUGAGUGAAAAAUUCUCAAGAGGGAUGUUAAACAAUACAAAUUCAAUUAAUCAAGUUAUUGCCCUUAAUCAUGUUCAUUAUCAUAUGCCCAUCGAAGACAAGAUGUAUUAUGGUAGUCCAUCUGUCUGUCCAUAUCUUGUAUGCAAAAUGAACCGCAAGCUCCAGGAUCUUACAACUUGGUACAACCUUGUAAGCAGAAUACAAACCAAACUAUUGGGGCUAGGACCAUCAGACGUGGUACACAUAUUCCUCAUGCCAAGUGGAGGACGCCUUUUGUUCUUCAAGGUCAAGGUCUUAGUUUUAGUCUUAGUCAAGGUCUUUGUAGGAAAACCAUGUAGGCAGGAUGCAGACAAAACCAUUGGAGCUAAGACUGUCAAAUUUGGUACACAUGCACAUUAUGCCAAGCGGAAGAUGUCCGUUGUUUCUGAAGGUUAAAGGCGAAGGUCGUAGUAUCACUUGGUAGAAAAACCUUGUUUUUGUUUUCCAGAUUUUUUUUUCUUUAUGAAUACAGGUAUUGCCCAGAAAAUUUGUCAGAGAAAUACCUUUAUUUCUUUUGAAUUAUUUUAAUUUAUUGGAUCCAUUAAUGUAUGUCUGUGUGUAAGAGUGAAGUCUUGGUAUUCAGUAGGUAUGUAUCUCGUAUACAUUUGUCCCAUAUGUCUGGGAUAUUAAAUGUGGUUUAAACUGACCCUGGAGUUUAAAGAAUUUCUUUUUUUUUGAAAGGAACUUGUAGUAGAAGAUGGGUUAUCAACGUGGAAUUGAAGCAUAGUUCGUAUAAAAGAGAUGUACAUUGUAUAAAAUAAACACACGAAAAACACGCUGCCGGUGCAAUGUACCGAUAUUACAAGCUCACCAUAACAUAAAAAUAAUUCAUCAUUGCAGCUUGUGAGAAAGUGAAGAUAACGAACGGGGAUCAAUCUCAUAACGAGUAGCGCAAACAUGGCCCCUGAACAUACCAGAGGUGUGAUGGGGGGCCUAGGAGGAGUAAGCAUCGCCUGUUGACUGUUUACACCCGCGCGCCGUGAACCCUCUAUUUUGUUGAGGUAAACGGAGGAAUAUUGUUACUCACAUAGCCUAGUAAGAUAACCAACUGAGAACUUAUUGCUGAAGGGAUGUGUAGUAAGAUCCUUUAAUGUCAUCAAGCAGUUUAACAGUUUCUGUGAAUUUAAAACCAAGCAAAUGUUCGAGUGUGACAUCCCCAAGAGAGUACCCUCCUCUGUCUGAUUUGUUGUUUUCCCGCUGAAAGUCACCAAGGAGAAAAUAACGAGCAGUAUUCAAUCUCAGAAAUCCUAUAAAGAAUACAAAAUUAAGAGGAGGCCACUGAAGUUGUUUGAAAAGUGCCUACAGACCAUACAGACAUACUUUUCCUUCAUUCAUAAAACAAUUCCUUUAAUGAUGACCCCGUGUUGUAUAAAAAUGAACCCCUAGAUGUCAAUUUAUGAAAUAGUUCCUGAACAUUAUUAUCAAACGAAUACGCCAACCAUUGUUUUAGAUCCACCACUUUUAGCCUUAUAGGGCUCACGGCGGGUGUGACCAGUCGACAGGGGAUGUUUACUCCUAGGCACCUGAUCCCACCUUUGGUGUGUCCAGGGGUCCGUGUUUGUCCAACUCUAUAUUUUGUAUUCUUUUUGGGAGUUAUGAGAUUGAUCAACUGUUCGUUAUCUUCACCUUUUGAUGCUUCAAUGUUUUUCCAGAUGGUGGUCAGAAUAGAGAUAGCUAAUGCACUAAGCAUGUGCACAGGGCAAGUCACACCCUCCAAUGUUGUACCAGGCGUAUAAUCUAAAUAACCAACAGAACUCAAUUUAAAAAAGAAAUUUAUUUGACACUGAAUCGGAUCUUGUUACUCAUUGUUUCAGAUAGUCCUGUAAGUGCUGGGACACUUUCACUGGUCUGCGAUGUGACUGGUGACGGAACUUUUGAAUUUUGUCAUGACCCUUGAAUCUACACAAAGUGUGAACUCCUUUUCUUCCCAUGUGCUGAGAAAACACAUUUCAACUUUCUGGGGCACGUUUUACAAAACAACUUAAGACUAACGACAAACUUUACAUACUGGAAUUUUCUUGUUUAUUGUAAGACCAUUCGCUCCAAUGUAAAAUAAUGAAAAAACAAUGCUGAAAAUCUAAGUCUCGGACACGUUUUAAUUUAUUCUAUUAAACUUAUAACUGUAUAAAACAAUAUCAGAUUUGCGACUUUGUGUUAAGUUUUUUUGUAAAACGGGCUCCCGGAUGUGCCGUCAAUUUCAACAAUGUUAAUAUUAAAUAUGUUAAAACUUUUGAAAUAUCAAUGUUUGUUGAUUUUUGUUAACAAGUUGUUGAAUAAACAUAAAAUACAUGUAUA